AUGAAGUUCUCCACCACUCUGAUUGCCCUCGUUGCCGCCGGCCUCGCCAGCGCCCAGCUGCCCGAUGUGCCCCAGUGCUCGCUGAGCUGCUUCCUCUCUGCCCUGCAGAGCGACGGCUGCUCUGAGCUGCUCGACUUCAAGUGCCACUGCCAGAAGCCCGAGCUCGUGAGCAGCAUCACCCCUUGUGUCCAGAAGGCCUGCGACCACAAGGACCAAGUCUCCGUCUCCAACGCCGUCGUCGGCCAGUGCUCUUCCGCCGGCCACCCCAUCUCGAUCCCUCCCAUCGAGACCAGCGCAUCUUCCAGCGCCAGCGCCUCCUCCAGCGCCAGCGCCUCGAGCUCCGCCCCCACUGAUACCACCGCCACCCCCACCGGUACCGCCAGCGAGAGCUCCAGCGCCGUUGAGUCCUCCUCAUCCGCUGUUGAGACCAAGAGCACUACCACCGGUACUACCGCCACUGGAUCCGGACACGCCAGCUCCUCCGGUGCUGCCACCUCCACCCCGUUGGCGUCCAAGACCGGCUCGGCUACUGCCUCUGCCUCGUCGCCCGCCUUCAACGGUGCUUCCAAUAUCAAGGGUAACAUGGCUGGUGUUGCUGCCCUCGCCGCUGCUGCCGCUUACGUCCUGUAA